GGUUGCCCUCCUCCUGACCCCAGAGGUCUGUGAGGAAAGAGUUUGAGAGAGAGAAAGAGAGAGAGAGAGAGAGAGAGAGCAGAGGCUCACAAAAAGAGGUGCAUCACAGCUUCGAGUAACACACAGAAAGGGCGGACUGACAAUCCAACGGAGAAAACGGGAGCACCAUUCCCCCCGCGAAGCCAGAAGAGGACAGCGCCGGCUCCACCAGGGUUUGGUCCUAGAAGAUUCAAAUCUGAUGAAAGAGUGGGUUAGGGCUGAAGUCAACAUGGCUGCCAACAGCUACCUAGCAGCAUCUGAUGGGUACUGCUCCUCUGACUCCCUCCAGUACUAUGAUAUCUUGUCAGACCACCUGACCUACCCACUUCAGGAAGUGGACCACCAGUUCUCUCCUUACAGUCAGUAUUCUGGUGUUCAGUUCUCUCCGGUCCAGCAGGGGUCUCCCUCUACACAGUCCUGCUAUUCUUCGUACUCCUACAGUUCUCCAUGUCCUGAGGGGCAAUACCCAGUGUAUGAACUGGGGAAGACCUCCUGCACACUGCCUCUUGAACUGGAUGGCCCCAGCAUUCCCAGCUUUCAAGCAGUGAAGAGGCCAAGGAUAGGCAAUGGAUCUCUAAAGAUGAAGGGUCAGGAAGAGCUGUGUGUCGUCUGUGGGGACAAGGCAUCGGGCUACCAUUACAACGCUCUUACCUGUGAAGGCUGCAAAGGUUUCUUCCGUCGCAGUAUCACCAAGAAAGCAGUGUACAAAUGUAAGAGUGGUGGCAACUGUGAGAUGGACAUGUACAUGAGGAGGAAGUGUCAGGAGUGCCGGCUGAAGAAGUGCAAGGCUGUGGGGAUGCUGGCAGAGUGUCUCCUCACGGAGGUGCAGUGCAAAUCUAAAAGGCUCCGCAAGAAUGCAAAGCAAGGCUUUGACUUGCUCUGCAACAUCAAGAUGGAGGAUGAGGGUCUUGACAACAAGCAGGUCUCUUCUACAACAAAGGCACCUGGAAAGGAACACAAGGAGCUGACCAUGGAGGAGCAAGGUCUGCUGGACUACAUCGUAGAGGCUCAUCGCAGGUACCGAGCACCACAGGAGGCCGCACAGAGAAGUCUAGAGUUAGCUUCCGGGCAUGAAGAAUGGAUCCUGAAGCUCUCAGACACUCCUUCAUUUCAAAUUCAGACUCUGCUGGAAUUCACCAAGAGCCUUCCAGGCUUCAAUCUGCUCGAUCAUGAAGACCAGCUAGCCCUGCUGAGAGGUUCAACUCAAGAGGCAGCCUUCCUGUAUUCAGCCCAAAUGUACAACCCGCAGUCAGGCGAGUUGCCGUCAAGGGAAGGAAAAGGUUCACGAGAAGACCUUGUUCUCUCCAUCUAUAAUUUCUACAGGAGUAUGGCUGAUCUGAACAUAACGGAGCAGGAGUAUUCGCUCCUCUUGGCUAUCACUGUAUUUUUCUCAGAUCGCCCUUUCCUGAAGAACCGGGAGCAGGUGGAGAAGCUGCAAGAACCCUUUCUGGAGCUGCUCUACAAGUUCUCAAAACUCCAUCACCUGGAGGAUCCACAGCAUUUCGCUCGGCUCCUGGGACGACUGACUGAGCUCCGUAGCCUCAACCACAAUCACGCCGGGGUUCUCACUGCACUUCGGCACAGGGAUCGAAACCUCUCAUCUCUCCUCCGUGAUUCCUGGGACCUGCAAUGACUGAACACAGGAGAACAAACCCUUCAAAGAAUGUAAAAUCAAUCGGCAGGAUGGGAAAACGGGGCAAAGGUACAAAUACAAAAGUGAUGUUGACCAAAGAGAUGCCUCGCUGUGAUGACUACAAGCCUUCACUUAACCUGAUUGACACAUGCCAACCAUAAACUUUAUCAAAUGAGCAUAAAUGACAGGCCACAUCGUCUUUGGAGGCAAAGCUCUAAAUACCCUGCGAGUGUACUGUGAGGGAGAUCCCUUGAUGUCAUCUGGUUUUAUGUUGAACAAACACAACAGAGGGAUCCAAGUAAUGAAAAAAGCCUUGUGUGCUUAGGACCAAGAACGUACAAGGAAACAGACAAGACAACAGCACACUGUCCCUGGUUAUGUUGUUGAGGUGGACACCCUUCUAACAAAUAUUUCAGUUACACUAUUUGCUUGCACAGCAGCCAGAUGAACUGAAUGGCCUCCUCUCUUUUGUCAAUUAUGGACAUUCUUGGUGUCUCAGCUUGACAAUGUCAAAGCCAAAUAAGGAUGUAGAUCAGAAAGGUGGCAGCAAGCAUAUGAAACAAGGUAGAUGGUGCAGUAUAAUUAGUCAAUAAGUCUGUCCUCCAUUUAUACAGUCAUAUGAAAAAGUUUGGGUACCCCUCUCAAUUCUUUGGAUUUUUGUUUCUCAUUGGCUGAGCUUUCAAAGUAGCAACUUCCUUUUA